CUCGUUGCUAAGGGGCAACAUACAUGUGACAUCCAUGCUUGUGGACUUGAUCUAUUUUCAUCAAACGUUAUUCACAUCGGGCGAUACAAUACAAGUGUAGGAGAGCGUUCAGAGUGAUUUUUAUAUGGAGGCGUUAGGCGGUUCAUUCAUUGACGAGGCAGAGGCUGCGCGGACUGCGUGAGCUGUGAAGGGGGGUGAGGCGUGUCCCGGAAAUUUGAGCCAUGGUGCAUCGGGCGCGAGUGAGGAGCGCCUCCGUGCUCUCCGCGCAUGUCAAUUAGAUUCACUUCGAAGCUGCAUCACGGUGCAUUCGCCGCCAUGCCAGCACCGAUCGUCGUUUAUAUCAUUUCAUUCUUCUUCUUUUGGCUGUACGUGCUUGCGGAUGAACCGAUCGGCCAAAAUGGACCUCGAGCAACAAACAAUUCGGUGGAUGCACCGGACCCUCGCUCUCCUUUGGGCAGAGUACCACCAUAUCAACCACCGCCGGCAGGAAUGGGAGUAGGUCCCAAUCCAAUGAAUUCUCCGGGAUUUUGGCCACACGGCAUCUAUACUCGCGUUGAAGGCUGGCAUCAUCGGCCAAGCCUUCAAAAGGCGAUUGAUGUGAUUCACACCGACCCGGAUGAUGGACCCCUCAACGAAGGGACAGAAGACGACGCAGGCUGUAUUACACCUUGCCUCAAAAUCAAUUUCUCGUGUCAGAUAUCCUGCACGUGCAUUCCUAUGGAAAAACGUUGCGAUGGAAUUGCUGAUUGUGCCGAAGCCGAAGAUGAGGCCGGCUGCGCGAGAUCCUGUGACGAACAUGAAAACCGUACCAUUUGUCACAGCACAAAUGUGUGCAUCGCUUUAGAAUGGCUCUGCGAUGGAGACAAUGACUGCGGGGAUUUCUCGGAUGAGAUCAAUUGCGGUGCACCUACAAAUUGUACAGCCGAUCAAUUCCAAUGCUCCAACGGCCUAUGCAUUCAUAAAGGAUGGGUGUGUGAUGGUGACAACGAUUGUCGUGACAACUCAGACGAAACUAAUUGCACUAAAGGAAGAUGUCGUGAAAACCAGUUUACUUGUGCCGUCGGCGAAUGCAUCUCUCAACAUUGGAGAUGUGAUCACGAACCCGACUGUCCUGAUAGCUCUGACGAAGCCGACUGUCCGGUGGAGCUCAUGCGUUGCGCAGAAAUCGAUUUUGAAUGCAAAAACACGAAAUGCGUUCCCAAGGAUUUCCAGUGCGACGGCGACAACGACUGUGGCGACUGGACAGACGAAGACUCGUGCCCAAUGGUGCCUGGAAGUUGCAACGCUGGCGAAUUCAAAUGCAACGACGGCAAAUGUAUACCGGAAAGAUGGCGAUGUGACAACGAAAGGGACUGUGCAGACGGUGGAGAUGAACUAAACUGCAAACCAAAUAGCAUACGAAAUUGUUCAUUAGAUGAAUAUACUUGCGCUGAUCGAAGAUGUGUACUGAAAACCUGGCUCUGUGAUGGAGUUCGGGAUUGCACUAAUGGUGAAGAUGAAAUGAACUGCGAAGUUAGCUGCGAAGAAGAUCAAUACACUUGUAGGCCUCAAGAACAUUUAAUGAGUAACGCUUUUAGGAAUUGCGUAAACAGGAAGCACGUUUGUGAUGGUAUGAAGGACUGUCCUCGUGGCGAUGAUGAAGAACGAUGUCCGUUGAAGAGAAAAUGUUCUGCCGAGGAAAAAUGCGAGAAGUUAUGCAUUACUACGUACGACGGUCAUGCAGCCUGCGCUUGUCCUAUGGGAUUUUUAUUAGCUGAAGAUAAAUACAGUUGCCGAGACAUCGAUGAGUGUAUGUACGAACAAGAUCCAGUAUGUUCUCAAACAUGUUCCAAUACAGUCGGAAGUUUCCGUUGUGGUUGCAUGACUGGCUACAUCUUAAGACCUGAUGAAAGGUCUUGUAAGCCAACAGGCGAAUCACCAACACUUCUGUUCUCGAAUAGGAUUGGGAUACGACAGGUGUGGUUAACUGGUGAUAAUUACAUGUCCGUGGUCAAAGGUUUACAUAAUGCGGUAGCUUUAGACUAUCAUUACGAAAAGAAACUUGUAUUCUGGUCUGAAAAUAACUUACGAGUUAUCCGUGUUGCGCAAAUGAAUACAAAAAAUAUGUCAGAUGUCAUUAGGUGGGGAUUAGAGACACCGGCAGGAGUGGCAGUAGAUUGGAUACACGAUCUUCUCUUCUGGACCGAUUCAGGAACAAGAAGAGUUGAAGUGGCAACCCUUGAUGGUUCCAAAAGAGCGGUUUUAGUUGCCAACGAUUUAGACAAACCACGGGCAAUUGCUGUACAUCCCGGAGACGCAUUAGUAUUUUGGACAGACUGGGGUCCUAACCCGAAAAUUGAACGUGCUGAUAUGGAUGGCGAUAAACGCAAAACUGUUAUAUAUGACGAAAUUUUUUGGCCUAACGGACUAACUAUUGACUAUACGGAAUCUAAAAUAUACUGGGCUGAUGCAAAGCACCAUGUUAUCGAAAGAGCUGCAUUUGACGGCCGAGAUCGGCGCAAGGUCACAACGAAAGGUCUUCCCCAUCCGUUCGCGUUAACACUGUUCGAUGAUGCCAUUUACUGGACAGAUUGGCAUACGAAAAGCAUUUCUACCGUUAAUAAGAAUACAGGAAUGGGUAUUCAAACUGUGCAUGCUGGACUUAAUGUCCCUAUGGAUAUUCAUAGUUACCAUCCCCUCAGGCAAUUAAGAACAUACAAAAAUAAAUGUGGCAAAAGCAACGGAGGCUGUAGUCAUCUUUGUCUUCCUAAUGCAUACGGAUUUUCCUGUCGAUGUCCAGUUGGCUUCAAUUUAAAUUCUGACGGUCGAUCUUGCGAAGAAACUCCCGAAAAACUAUUAUUGUAUGCUCGGAGGAAAGAUUUAAGAUUGAAACAACUAGAAUCUAAGAAGCCAAUAGAUUCUUUAGACAUGGUUAUUCCUGUUGAAACUAUUAAAUCGGCAGUGGCUUUAGACUGGGAUCAGAAAAGUAAUUCUAUCUUUUGGACGGAUGUGGAAAAAGACACAAUCAACCGCGCAUACCUUAAUGGAUCCCACCAAACUACUAUUGUGGAUUCUAACCUCAUUUGGCCAGCGGGUUUAGCAUUUGAUUGGAUUACUGAUAAAAUCUACUGGACCGACGGUGGAACAAACAGAAUUGAAGUUUCGAAAUCUGAUGGUAGUAUGAGAACUUUGUUAGCUUGGGAUCACAUUGAUAAACCAAGAGAUAUUGUUGUUAAUCCAGAAGGUGGUGUUAUGUACUGGUCUGAUUGGGGAGCGAGUCCGUGCAUUGAAAGAGCCGAUAUGGACGGUGGUAAUCGCAAAAAACUCAUCUUCGGACAAAUGACUUGGCCUAACGGAUUAGCUUUAGACCUUGUACACAAUCGUAUUUACUGGACCGAUGGUGGAAAUAAAACGAUUGAGUAUGCAAAUUUAGACGGAACUGGGAGAACAAAGUUAAUUGAAAAUUUGCCCCAUCCUUUUGGUUUGGAUUUGUACGGUGACGAAGUAUUUUGGACUGAUUGGGACACACAGUCAAUUCAAGCUGCCAACAAAGAUACUGGAGCUAAACGACGAACACUAGGGUCUGGUGUAGCUGGACUUAUGGAUGUUAGAGUUUUCCACAAGGAAAGAACAAGCGGCUUUAACAGAUGCGGCAAGAAUAAUGGAGGAUGUUCACAUUUAUGCCUCUUGAAACCAGGAGGACGAUCUUGUGCCUGUCCUAUCGGUAUAAAGCUUAAUAAAGAUGGUAAAACUUGUGCCGAUGGUCCUAUCAACUAUUUGAUUUUUGCACACCGUGUGGAUAUUCGGGUCAUAUCAUUAGACGUACCGUAUCUUAUUGACGUCGUAUUACCGUUGCCACCACUGAAGAAUGCCCUGGGCGUGGAUGUCGAUCACAGCACAGGUCUAAUUUACUGGACUGAUACGGGACAAAGGAAAAUACAACGCGCAACUAGACUAGGAACACAUGUUGAAACUGUAAUCGGUAAUGGCCUACACACUGCUGACGGUAUUGUCAUCGAUUCAACCGGACGCAAGAUAUAUUGGACUGAUGGCGGUCGCAACAGUAUCGAAGUGGCAGAACUAGAUGGUAGGAAUAGGAAAGUACUCGUAUGGACUGGCCUAGAUUCACCUCGAGCCAUAGCAUUACAUUAUGAAUACGGUUAUAUGUUUUGGUCAGACUGGGGAACGUCAGCUAAAAUCGAAAGAGCAGAUAUGGAUGGCAAUAAUCGGCGCGUUAUUGUGGACAACAAAAUCAAAUGGCCUAACGGCCUGGCCAUAGAUAGAAUAGAGGGACGUCUUUAUUGGAACGAUGCUAAAAUUUUAACAAUAGAAAGUUCCGACUUUGACGGCCACGAUCGACGCACUGUUUUAAGUAACGUUCCAUACCCUUACGGAAUCGUUAUCGUUGGUCAGCAUAUAUAUUGGACCGAUUGGAAGACCAAAGCAUUACACAGAGCUGACAAGACUAACGCUUCGGAUCCAAUAGUUAUAAGAAAAAAUCUAGAAGGCUUAAUGGAUAUCAGAGCGAUUCAGAGUGAACGUGUUUUGGAAAAUGCAUGUGGUACUGAUAAUGGCGGGUGUUCUCAUCUUUGCCUUCGGUCACCACUCGGCUACACAUGUGCGUGUCCAACGGGUAUGCCAUUCGAAAAAAGCACAACCGACCAAACGCCAAAGAAAUGCAAGUCACAUCCUGAAGAAUUUUUAAUAUUUGCCACUAGAGGAAGUAUUACUUACAUUUCUCUUGAAAGUCCCGAGCAGUGGGAUGUUACUCUUCCAGUCAAAGAAGUGAAAAAUACCAUCGCCGUGGACUAUCAUUGGGACUUAAAGAUGAUCUUUUAUACAGAUCUUGAUCUGAAUGUGAUAAGGUCUAUAAAUAUGACGAACAUGAGUGAAAGCAAAACAAUUAUCUCUCAGAAAUUGGAAACUCCAAACGGUUUGGGUGUUGAUUGGAUUGCAAAUAAUAUCUAUUGGACGGAUAAUGAACAUAAGGUUAUUGAGGUUGCAAGGUUGGACGGAUCAUCAAGAAAAGUACUCAUAACUGGUCUAACUGAACCAAGAGCUUUAGCAUUGUUUCCAGCAAAAGGGUAUUUAUAUUGGAGUGAUUGGGGUGAACAUCCAUAUAUAGAGAGGUCUUACUUAGAUGGUAGCCAAAGGCAGAUUAUCGUGCAAGUUGACUUGGGUUUCCCUAAUGGUCUAACAAUAGAUUACAAAGAAAGAAGACUUUAUUGGACUGACGCGCUUAAGGAUAGAAUUGAUACGUCUGAUUUAAAUGGACAGCAUCGAGUCCAACUUGUUCCAGACGCAAAGAACCCUUUUGGAAUGACGCAGUUUAAAGAUUAUAUUUACUGGACGGAUUGGUACAAAAAAUCCAUUAUCAGAGCAGAUAAAAGAACAGGGAAAAACAUAACGUUGAUCAGAACCAAUCUGGAGAUGGCGAUGGAGAUCAAGGCUGUUUCAGCGGACCGCCAGCAUGGAUGGAACCCGUGCAAGGAAUCUAACGGUGGAUGUUCACACUUAUGCCUUUUCAGAGGCCAUGAAUAUAUUUGCGCCUGCCCAGAUGAUCCGGAUCAUGUAGAAUGCUCAACUGUACCAAAAUUCCUGAUCGAAAAUAUCCUUCCGGCGCAUUACCCGCCUUACUACGACUAUUCUGAUAUAGAGUUUAAGAAAACAGUAAGGCCCCCACCGACCCCUAGUCCGGACUAUUUUGGCAGAUGCAUGAUGGCUGGAGGGAUAAUAUUAAUUUCUAUUUUAGCAUUUCUCUUCGUCACGAUUUAUUGCGUGAAAAUGCUCCGAAAUUAUCGAGACACUGAACUGAAAGACGAAGAGUUCAGCAAUUCUACCGGUCACAUAUCUUUUCACAAUCCAAAUUAUAGCUGCGCAACGGGAGGUCCGGGGGGUAACGGCCCUGAUCAUAUUGAGCGUCGACAAAAUCGAUUUCAAGGAAUCUUCAAGUACGACAAACAGCAGGAGCGGGUAACGAACGUGUACUACCCUGAGGGAACCAGUUUGCUGCCCACACCUACGCCUCCUCCACCCCAAAGACAAGCCCUCACGACGACAAAGCGACCGCCCACGCAUGAUGACUUCGAACCGGUGACACUGCACUCCUACGCUUGAAGGAACGAACGACGAACAUUUCAAAAGUGUUUUCGUUACAAGAACGCGUGCAUGACGUAAAUAUUUAUGCACAUUAUCGAACUAAGUAAAAUAAGUUUAUUGUUAACAGAGCUAUAAUAACAUACAUAAAAAUUUAUUGUGUUGAAAUGCAUAUCGGACAGUUGAUAGUCGAAUAAUUUACGCGUGUUCGUGCAGUGCAUGCUUGUAAUUGAACCCGGAAUGUGAAUUUAACGUUGUUAUUUCAACAAUAAUGUAAGGUCGUUGACCAUAAUUAGAUUUUAAUAUUUUAAUAAUUAAAUAAAAAAUCAUUGCAUACUCAAAUAAAAUCGUCAAUUUUGGAUGUUGGAUUGAAAAUUUUGUAAAGUAUCUAUCUAAUACGCGUUUGCUUUAAUAUUUUCCUAAGUAUUUUUUUUUUAUUGUAACAUCAAGGCGUAGUUCUGUUAUGGGCUGUGGCCUCAAUACAUCCAUACUAAUAUUUAUAUAUAUUGUAAAUAUUUUCUGUAAAUUGUUUUUAUUAUGAAAAUUAAAUAAUAAUCCGUCAGUUAAAAAAAAGUAUCUCCGUACAUAAACAAUAUAAUUAAUAUAGAUUAUAAUGUUUCCCUAAAGAUAAAUAAAAAAAAUGUUAUAGUCUAUAGACGUCUCAUCUAGUCAUAGGAUGAUGAUCAGUGUUAUUUGUAAAUAAAUAUAUGUAUCUACUUGUAUUAAAUAAAUUGUGAAUGGAAUUUCACUUCAACUAAUAUUUUCGUAAAACAUAGUUUGGAUAGUUGUUAUGGCUGUGGUUUGGCGGGAAACACAGUUCCCUGCCAGGCUAAAUUGCGAUGCGUACCUGUGAACCUUAAUUUGUUGGAUUAGUUUCUAGAACUAAAAACUCUAAAUCCUAAAUUAUUAUGUGAACUUCAUUACAAUAUUUUUUAUGAUUAAAAAAUUUAAUGAAUAAAUUUUAGUGAAGAUACAUUAUAUCAUACUUAACAUAAAUUUUAGUCUGACUAUUUAUGUGUUGUAUUCUGCUAAUGGCUAAAUACCAGAUGGACCAUGAUUUCGGCAUGAUACAAUGAAUAUUAUAAAAAAAAUUAAAACCAUAAAAAAAUCAAGGUUAAGUCAGAAAUUGAUCAAUAAAACAAACUAAUAUAAACGAAGUUUAUUUUGAUCCAAAAUAUACAAACACUUGUCUGAUGUACAAUAGCGCAAUUUUUAUUUGAAAUAAAAUAGUUAAUCUGUUGAAGGCAUACCGAGCGUAAUAAAAUUCACAUUAAUAAUGUAGGAAUUCAUUCAUCAUUCGAAGGGUGCUAAUAUAUUUGUAUACGGUAUGUAAUAUUACUUUAUUGGUAAACACGAAGAAACUGGCUGGUAUCAAUGUUUAUUGACUGUCGCUCAAAAUUCAUUAGAAUCUCUUUGGUGAAUAAAUUUCGUACGUGCUAAAAAUACCGUUUAAAUCGACUAAAAUUUACCAAUUCAAUUGUAAUUUAUUUCAAUUCAGUUCAAUUCAAUUCAAGCUAGUUCAGAUCCUACUAUUGUAGGACCUGAAUUGGCUGUGUUACAAAUGCAGACUAAACUCGACAGUUAGCUACAGUAAGCCGUUGUGGCCUCAGAGAAAAGAUACUUUAGGCCGUCAGCACAAAAGUGGCCUGUCCUACAUUUUUUCAUAUUCGUGGUCCUACUAUAUUGCAAUUUAUUUAAAACAUAAUAAAUUUUGAUGCAAAACCGGCCUAUCCCUAGUUUCGCCCAUAGGUAGCAGAUGGCUUUGUCAACAUUAUUUUUGAGCGUUUUGUUUUUGCCUAUGAGGCAGUGUAAAAAUAAAUUCAGACCACUUUGUUACCUUACUUACUAUAGUAAGCUCAGGUAAACUUAGGCCAUUUUUGCACUGACGGCCUCAAUUAUAUCGAUGCCAUCGUUCAUAUCGCGCAGGCAGCUUGUUUUUGUAAUGAAAUACGUACUUAUCAUAUUUCCACGAAUAACUUCCACGAUGAAGAAACAAUAUCGUGUAAUAAAUAUCAUUUCUGCAAAAAAAUUAUUUACGUUAUUACUAUUGAUUCAAGGUGGGUGGCCGUAUUCACGUUUUGAGUUAUAUGGGCUCCGGUAACCAGUUAACAUCGAGUGGACCGUCAGCUCGUUCGCCGUUAAAGCAAUAAAAUAAAAUUAAAACUACACUAGGACAAACUCUCAACUCUCUUUGAAGUCGAUAUCUUCUCUGGACUAAAUUAAUUGAAAUUGUAUUCGUUAUGUUUGUAAGAAAGGAAUGCAAAUAGAAUCCCACAAUAAAGUUGUAGUACACAAGACGCUUACAGUUUUACCAAAUAUAUUAGUACCCUAUAAUUGUAUUAAUGUUAUUUCGUAUAAUUUUAGAAUGAUAUAUGAUGUACUGUGUGGAUGCAACAAUAUAUAUGUACUGCUGAUAAGUUUUGUGUUGAAAAUAUAAACUCGCGACCUUUUCCGCGGCUCACGGAAAAGGUGCUGAGACGUCCGAAUAAUUUGGUCUAAAUUUUGUCAAUACAAUUCAAUUCCAUUUCAUAUUUCUGUGCCUACGACGAAUGAAUCGUGUUUUACCUAGUUUUUCUUUUAGUUUUAAGUUUCGAUAAUUUUCCGUGUUUGGAGGUAUUAUUUUAUUUUCAUCUAAAUGGAUAGUGAUUUUAUUUAUGAACCAGUAACUAUUUUAUCUUAUCACAAAAAUUAUAAAGAAAUGAAUGUAAAACUUUAAUACAAUUAUUAAUUAUAAUUUUACACUCUGGUCGGUUCUUACAAAUAGAUACAAUGUCCAUUUUAGAAUAUUAUUUAUAAUAAGCAAAUUUUUGUGAAUGACAACUUAGUUAUUUUGUAAAAAUAACAAAAUUUCCUAUGUUUUACAAGAUUUUACCAAAAUGAGUUACCACAGUGCGGUGAACAAUUUUGAUGUUGUCGUCUUAAAAACAAGUUAAACCAAACAUUACUAAGUUUUCACGAAUCACGUAUUUAUUAAGGAAUUGAUUUACGGUUUUAUCACGUUUGUUGGGGAGAUUCUGUAGUUUUUAAGUUUACUAUAGCGAGAUGAGAUCACGGCCCAUAUUAUGCGAAGCUGUUGAAAGAGUGCAGAUUGUUUCACCACGUCAUGGAUGUCACUGUAUGACAUUAAAUCGAAGUAACAGUCGCACUGAAUUAAUAGCUACCGUUACACAUGGGAACAAAUUACUGGUUCGUGGUAGAAACAGGCAUGAUGGUAAUACUAACACGGGUGUGCUUAUAAAACUCCCUAUUAUCAGUAAACAGUUUAGAAGAAGAAGAAAAAGUUUCGAAUCCCUAGAAUUAAAUAAUAAGUACAAUUAGCUUUUGAAGAUAAAUAAUUCAAUGAAUACAAAUAAAUAAUUGAGGACAAAUCACGCACGGUUAUCUAGAAUCUUUCUGAACUUAGAGAACCAGAGACUGAUGCACUCAUAUUUAUAUUUAAUUAUAUGAAUAUUUAAUACAAAAAUAAACAUGACAUUCGAAAAAAAAAGGUCUUAGAAGUGACAGAACCUAAUAUCAAUAAUAUAAUCACUAGUUUAUCACAUAUUUGUAAAAUUUAGCACUCUGUAAAAUCAUUGAGACGUCCUAAUCCUAGCCUUGGGCCAUUGAAUGUGGACGAUUAUUAAAAUAAGAACGUAUUCUGGGCAUUACUUAAUUACCUGCUACUUUCUUGCGCAAACAUGAUCUUAAAAAAUUAAAACAGUAUAAUAGGCGUGGGAAAAGUUGAGAAAGGUAUUUUACUACAUACAUUUAAUUAAACGUGGAGACAAAACAGCAAAGUACCAUUUUCUAUUCUGUCUGUUAACGGAUUUUAUUUUCCUCGUUUAGUAACUGUUAGUGCUGUCAUUUUUUUAAUAGUUUUGUUUUCAAACGUGUUCGCUACAUAUGUUUUUAAUUAUUGUGUAGUGAACAAUGCCAAACCUUCAUCAAUAAUUUCGAUCACAUCUUUCUGUAGAACUUGCCUUCGUUUUCGUGAACCUCUCUCUACGAUAAUUUGGUCUAAUACUUGUAAUAGCUUGUAGAGAAAAAAAAAGGAUUUAGAUAAUCUUUUUGGAAAUUUUAUGUUCAAAAGUUUUGAUACAAUUUCUGAAGUGAUUUUAGAACGUUUCGCUUUUAUAUGUAUUUAGCAGUUUAACGCCUUCUAGCUGUUCAUUUCUUUAUCACAUCAAUAUCGAUUUAUACCUUUUACCAUUUCGAAAAUAUCAAAAGACAUAUUAAAUAAAAAAAGUAAUUCUCAGAAAAUACUGUUUGGGUUCCUCCAAGAGACAUCCUGGACAUUCAAGUGACAUGCUAGAUUUGGGAUGUCCCCUCAAAAAGGACACCCGAGUGCAAAGGGCUAUUUAAAUCAGAAUAUUUUAAGCGAGUUAAAACCGUAAGUCUUCUUUUUGGAUUUCGACGGAAUAAAGACAAGAUAUUUCAACCUUACGAAUAGUGUGACAGGGUGAUUUAAGUCUAAGGUAGUUUAGGAAAGAAUACAGUUAUUGUUCUAUGAUUUCGGCCACGGCCUGUAUUUUUAUACUUCAGAACUCACAAAAAAAUCAUUUGCUAUCGCUGAAAUUGUAGUUACAUUGUAUUAUUAUACAAAUUAUAUGUUCAUUUAUAAAUUUAUAGUAAGUUUUAAUGAAACGAAUAGCUUAACCAACGAAAGAAAAGCUAUGAACUCUACAGACUGCGAAACCAAAUUUGAUUGUAAAUGUUUAUAAUACUGGUGGUAGAUCGCAAUGGAAGCCCACAAGAGUAAAUUCCACCGUCCUACUCAUUUCCACCACAAACAGUCAGGUUCGGUUUAAAGGAAGGCAGUUUCACCAUGAAACUGAUAUUUCAACCUCGUGUUCCAAACAGUACCGCUGUUAUGUAUAUAUGUAGGUUUCGGUAACCAUUUACCAGGUGGGUCGUGGGCUUAUUAACUAACUAGUGCACUUCACGGGUUUAAAUACUUUUAUAAGUACUGCAAACCUCAUGGAUUGCCCGCAGGGCAGCUUGUGGCGAGCUGUUGGUGAGUGGCGACACCACGGACCUGAAUGCUCUUCAGAACUUUUUUGAAACGAAAAGUUCUGUUUGAGUCGCUAGAGCUUAACUGCUCGGAGGUGAAGUAGAAUAGUGAAUGCAGUAGUUUCGAACAAAACAGCGUCACUAUACUACCACACCUUUAGCUAUCCACGUUGACAUCCCCUUCUAGUCUAUUUUGACUAUGACUAGGAGGGGAAUUCAAUGAGAGGUGAUAUAGCGAGUCACCGUCUGCCAAAAUAGCCCAUUGGCAGAUGUCUAUAGCCUAAACUCAAUAGCCCAGAGAGACUACAACGUGCUGACCAUCUACACGUGCCACACUUUCUAUAUUUAUUUAAUUACCUGGCGCUUUUGUGUUUCAGAAUUUUCUUGUAAAUAAACAGCUUCAUUUAAAGGAAGUGUAUCAUUUCCUUGAUUUGGAGCCGGUUAUGCGAGUUCGAACAAGCAUGGUUCAAUCCGUGCUUGGGCGUGACGCGCAUAGCUCGGACGCUGUCGCAGUAAGUGCACGGGUUCACCUCUCCCGCUGCUCCGAAAACGCAUUACUACUUACGCGAUAUCGUUCCUAUCCUCUUCUCGGGCUAUCCACUUGCUUUUGCAAUGACGAAAGCAGGUGGAUUUAUAUUAGCGGCCUGUAAGUUUAAGAUUUUAGUAUUACAAUUACAUUUAUAGUAAACAUGUUUUAAAUUAAAUUUAAAUCAUGUUCGGUGUGCGGAUUCCACAGCUCUUAUGAUGAAAAAUACCUUAAAAUUUUAUUCGGAAUAAAAAAUCUUAUAUUUUUGUCUCAAUUUUAAAUAUGUUUUAGUUUAUUUCGGUGUUGUGUUUUUUAAACAUAGUAAAUGCUUGUAUAAGCUUGAUUUCCUUGUACAUCGGAGACUUAGUUGCGGAGAUCAACGCAGGGGUUCGCAGGCCAGUUUUCAUGGUCGGUUCUUUCUGUUGAUUGAGGCGAUUGAGUCCGCGAAGUACUUUAUGAAGAUCAAUCUCAUCUAGUAUUUAUUGUUCUUGGGUUCUAUUCGUUUGUAAUUACAUUAUAAUUUUAAGCAGUUUCAGAGAUAGCAAAUGUUUAAAUAAACCUGCUUUGCUUGUACAUCGGGGACUUAGUUGCGGAGAUCAAAGCAGGGGUUCGCAGGCCAGUUUUCAUGGUCGGUUCUUUCUGUUGAUUGACACGAUUGAGUCCGCGAAGUACUUUAUGAAGAUCAAUCUCACUCUGUGUUUUGUUAUUCUUGGGUUCCAUUUGUUUGUAAUUACAUUAUAAUUUUUAAACGGUUUCAGAGAUAGCAAAUGUUUAAAUAAACUUGCUUUGCUUGUACAUCGGGGACUUAGUUGCGGAGAUCAAAGCAGGGGUUCGCAGGCCAGUUUUCAUGGUCGGUUCUUUCUGUUGAUUGAGGCGAUUGAGUCCGCGAAGUACUUUAUGAAGAUCAAUCUCAUCUAGUAUUUAUUGUUCUUGGGUUCUAUUCGUUUGUAAUUACAUUAUAAUUUUAAACAUAGUUUCAGAGAUAGCAAAUGUUUAAAUAAACUUGCUUUGCUUGUACAUCGGGGACUUAGUUGCGGAGAUCAACGCAGGGGUUCGCAGGCCAGUUUUCAUGGUCCGUUCUUUCUGUUGAUUGACGCUAUUGAGUCCCCGAAGUACUUUAUGAAGAUCAAUCUGACCCUGUAUUUUGUUAUUCUUUGGUUUUAUUCGUUUGUAAUUACAUUAUAAUUUUAAACAUAAUUUCAGAGAUAGCAAAUGUUUAAAUAAACUUGCUUUGCUUGUAUAUCGGGGACUUAGUUGCGGAUAUCAACGCAGGGGUUCGCAGGCCAGUUUUCAUGGUCGGUUCUUUCUGUUGAUUGACGCUAUUGAGUCCCUGAAGUACUUUAUGAAGAUCAAUCUGACCCUGUGUUUUGUUAUUCUUGGGUUUUAUUCGUUUGUAAUUACAUUAUAAUUUUAAACAUAGUUUCAGAGAUAGCAAAUGUUUAAAUAAACUUGCUUUGCUUGUACAUCGGAGACUUAGUUGCGGAGAUCAAAGCAGGGGUUCGCAGGCCAGUUUUCAUGGUCGGUUCUUUCUGUCGAUUAACGCGAUUGAGUCCGCGAAGUACUUUAUGAAGAUCAGUCUCGUCGAGUAUUUUCUUAUUCUUGGAUUCUAUUCAUUUGUAAUUACAUAAUAAUUUGUUAAGAUCUAAUAAAACAUACACCUUAAACGCGACAAUGAGAACGCACAAUGCGCAUUUUAGUUUUUAUAAUUAUUUACUUUUAUAGAGUGGGUGUGUGCCAAAAUUCUCAAGUAUUAUUAUGUAUUUUUCACUAUUUUUUUCUUGUAUUUUUUACGUUAGUGUACAGUUUUUACACCUCUUGGAAUGCCUCCAACGUAAGAGGUGUGGAAUCUGUUGAAAACUCAAUUGAAACGAAAAUAAUAAAAAAAACAAUAAUACCCAA